AUGGCGAGUGAGGAUCCAAUAGACUUUGCACAUACUGCCAUAGCCCAGGUCGCUAACAUCGCGUCUUUACUGGGCGUUGAGUCCAAGCGACCAUUAUGUGGGCGUCUCGGGGCUGAGCUCUUCCUCGUCGCCAACUACAUCGACACGGCUGGCUUGGACCAGGAGAGGCGACUGCGACUGCGAAUAUCCAAGCUAUUGCGAGAUGUGGAGGCUAUGUGCAAUUGGCCGAAGAAUAUACCAAGAAAUGACUAUCCUCUUCUUGAAGCGAUAGCAAAGCCAUUCCCUGACAUUCGACGAGGACUUGAUCAGCUUACCGCGUGUCCUCGUGAUGCCGAGGUGGCCAUUUCUCAUAUCCAAAAAUUCGUUGAGCGCAAUCGCAAGUCAUCUAGGCGCGACGAGAGUGGAGAUAUCGGCUCUAGAAAAAGAGCCGCUCGACCAGAGCGCUCAGAUCUUGCUAACGCGAUCGCUCAUCGAGUCCUACGAGAGCAAAUGUGCUGUACUUGCCAGACCAAUGGGGUUCGUAGGCAGGUCGAGAGAGGACACCUAGUGUGUCUCCUGCUACAGCCACCUUCCCAGUCAGUGGCCAGUAACAAUCUGGUGCAAUUUGAUAUGCUGUUCUCACCAAAGCCCUUUUGGAACCAGUCACAGCUCACUCAUUGGCAAGAUAUCGAGCUGCUUGUGCCAAACGACCAUACACACGGCAAAAAGUGCGUCCGAUUUUUUGGUGGAGAUGAUGGAUAUAGAGAUGAGCAGGCCAACAAUCUAUCUGCAAAAAUGAGGCAACGAACAGACAAAGGCCAAUUCUGCCGUUUACUCGAUCUAGCCAAAGGCUGGCGCCUUUGCCUCUCUAUUGAAGACCAGGAGCUUUAUCAUUUCUUUGAGCCCCACAAGCAGAAAGUCGACCAUAUUCCGGGGAUAUGUUUGGCCAAAAUCCUCAGCACCUACCAUCUAACGGCACGAACGAAGCUUGUACUAGCUUAUAUAAUAGCCUACUCUGUCUGGCAGUACUACGAUACAGACUGGAUGCGAACAAAAUGGACAAGCGAGACUAUUCAAUUCAUGAGGGAAAGCGAUACUUCCGGAGAUAGGGGCCAGGGUAAGCUUUUUACCUGGAAACCAUAUGUAUCCGUGGAUUUCAAAGAUGAAGGUCCGUUGUGGCACGAACAAUAUAAGGUUCCUGGGAUGGUGCAUGUUUACCCAAGGAUCAGAGCGCUUGGUCUUAUGCUCGUUGAGAUAGGUCUUGGGUUUCCGCUUCCCAAGCGUGAGAAUCAGGGGCAGUCCUUGGCCGCCGAAGUGAAUGCUGAACUGCUCACAGCAAUCAACUAUGCAAGGGAUGAAGAGCGCUGGAAGAAUUUCGACUACCCCGACUAUAUGAAUUCAAUAUGCCACUGUUUGGAGCCCGGUACCUUCGACCAGGCGGCUUGUAUGGAAGGUUUAUCUGCCUCUGAACAGAGACAAAACCUCAAGCAACGAAGAAACAUCUUAUACGAGAAAGGCACGAAAUGGAUCGACAACUAUGAAAAGAUAGCCCCGCUCAAUGUCCUUUCCCAGGAUGCAAAAAUGAAAGAAGUUAAUGUACCGGGCAAUCCUGACAAGGGCAAAGCGCCAGAGCGCAGGAGGAAGCGCACCGAAAGCGAGAAAAACGCUAGCAACUGGCUAUUAGACUUGAAAGAGUUUAACAGGGAGCUAGCGCAAGUUGUGCCAGCAGCGGGAUCAAGCGGGGUAUCCCAGCGCGUACGGAUAGCCAUUUUGGACACUGGUUACGACGAUAAUGCCCCGUUUUUCUUUUCACCUGAUGUUAUGGAACGCCUUGAAGGCUGGAGAGACUGGGUUGAUGGUUCGAGCCAGCCCGAAGAUUGUCAUGGACAUGGCACUCAUUUGGUGUCUCUCGUUCUGAAGUGCGCUCCCGAUGCUGAUAUUUAUGUAGCACGCAUUGCCAAAAGCCCCCAUCAACUCUUAAAUUCCAGCGAGAAAGUUGCAGACGCAAUUUCUUGGGCAAGUGGAGAAUGGAAAGCCGACAUCAUCUCCAUGUCGUUCGGCUUUGCAGACGAACAGCCGUGUAUUAGUGACGCAAUUCGCGAAGCACUAUACAAACGCAAAGAUUCCAUUCUUUUCUUUGCAGAAGCGUCAAAUUAUGGGGCAAAUGAUCGAGAGAUGUUUCCCGCCAGACACGAGUCUGUCAUCUCUAUUCGAGGGACAAAUUCAAACGGCCUAUUUGCAGACUUUAACCCCCCUAAGCAUGAAGAUGAACCGGUGGUUUUCGGGACUCUUGGCAUAGACGUUCCUUCUGCGUGGCCCGACUCUGAUGGCGAAGAGCAUAGGUCUGGAACAUCAGUUGCUACGGCUAUAGCGGCCGGAAUAGCAGGAUCUCUUCUGGGAUAUAUUAGUUCUCGCCCUCCCGAGAAGCCAUUUCACAAUGCCAAAAACCGAGCCUGGACACGUCGGGGUAUAAAUGCAAUCUUCAGGGCCAUAUCCUCUAACACGCUCCAGUCAGGUUAUUUGUACCUGACGGUACGGGGCUUGAUAGGUAUUCCGGAGGAUGCCCGGUGGGCAAAAAUUGGCGGCAAGUUAUCUGGGCUCUAA